CCGAAUCACCAGCCCACUCCCACUCCCACCCCACAAAACUGCCUCAUCUGCAUCCACCACCACCACUACCCACCAUGGCUCCACGUCCCAAGGUCUUCUUUGACAUCUCAAUUGGCGGUAAGCCCGCUGGCAAGGUCGUCUUCGAACUAUACAACGAUAUUGUGCCCAAGACUGCCGAGAAUUUCCGUGCGCUGUGCACAGGCGAAAAGGGCAAAAGUGCAAAGUCUCAAGCUCCGCUUCAUUACAAAGGCUCGGGCUUUCAUCGUGUCAUCAAGAGCUUCAUGAUUCAAGGUGGUGACUUCACUGCUCAUAAUGGAACGGGAGGCGAGAGUAUCUAUGGCGAGAAGUUUGACGACGAGAACUUCCAGCUCAAGCACGAGAAGCCAUUCCUGCUGAGCAUGGCGAAUGCUGGACCGGGCACCAAUGGCAGCCAGUUCUUCGUGACGACUGUGCCAACGCCGCACUUGGAUGGAAAGCACGUCGUGUUCGGAGAGGUCAUUGCAGGCAAGAGCGUUGUUCGUGCUGUCGAGGAGACUCCUGUGGGACCGAACGACAAGCCCGAGAACGCAGUCAAUAUUGACGACUGUGGUGAGCUGCCAGAGGGUACGAACGUCGAUGAGCUCACACGAAAGGCCCCAGACAGCACUGGUGAUACCUACGAGGACUACCCAGCAGACCAGCCCAAAGAAGGCGAGGACUGGAAUGGGACAGAGAUCGUGAAGAUUGUGACAGACUUGAAGGAGAUGGGAAACAAGGCAUUCAAGAGCGGUGAACUCGAAUUGGCAUUAUCAAAAUAUGAGAAGGCUCUCAAGUACCUGCACGAGUACCCAGCGCCCCUCGAUAACGAUCCACCCGAGCUCGGUUCACAACUAGCGAAGUUGAAGAUUUCGCUACACACCAAUAGUUCGUUGAUGUCAUUUAAACUGGGGAGAUAUAGAGCAUCGUACGAAUCUGCAGACAAGGCCGCAGUCGUGGUGCCAAUCUCGGAUUCAGAAAAGGCCAAGACACUCUUCCGGAAGGGCGUGGCAUUAAAGGCAUGCAAGGAUGAAGAGGGCGCUCAACAGUUCCUCGAAGAAGCAGCACAGCUGGCGCCUGACGACCAGGCCAUCAAGAAUGAACUGGUAGCUGUCAAGAAGGCGGCUGCUGACCGCAAGGCCAAGGAGCGCAAAGCCUUCAGCAAAGCCUUCGCGUAGAUGUUCCCCUCUUUCCAGCAGCACACAGCAAUCACGCCUGUACUGACGCCAUACGCACUGGGUGCAUUUGGCUCUCAGGCAACAGCAUGUCGGCUGAGAGAACCCGGGACAUGCAAUUGACGAGCGUUCAAGCGUAACGUCAAUACGACAGACAAAAUGAGCGAUAGACUACCUCCUAGACGAAAUAAUGAAAAUAGUUACGACCAU